AUGAAUCAAGGCUUCACCUUUCCUUACACAAGUAACGGCGAUGAAAAGGAGGACAAAUCGUUCAAAUUCCCCACUAGUGGCGCAGAAAUUGAAUCAAAAGAAUCGGAUCACGGUACACACAAAUUAGAACUUGCCUUUGAACCAGUUUCAGCUGAAAGCAAGCCAAACACCGUCGAAAUACCAGACCCUGAGGUUUACGAAAGCCAGGCAAUGUCACCUCCAAUGUCACCUCCAAUGUCUCCACCUAUAGGAAGGUCCUCGACGCCGAUCGAAAAGGGACAUAACGAGUCGCCAGCUGCACAAGUGCCGAAUCCAGACUCGCACACCAAACCCUAUGACAAAGAAUUCGCCAGAACCAUACGACAACACCUCGCAGCAGAUUGGAAGUCACCUUCAGAGUACGCAUUACACAUUUUAUUUACCAAAUUUGUUCGGCAUGCCGAAUCGAAAUUAAACGUGUGUCUGCAGUAUCCGCUGGAUUCGGAACCCCCCAUUGUGGACAUCUUGGGUGAAGGCGUUGAUGUGUCAUUCGAUAAGAUUGUAGAGUCAUUAGGGUUCAUUUCAAGAAAAAAGCCUAAACCUGUGAUCGAUGCAAUGAUGUUUUGGAGGAAAACUAAGUCCGAGGUUGCGGUUGUCGCUGCUGCUAACGUCGAAAAGUUGAUCGGUGAACUCAAUCAUUUACCGUCUACUGUGGAACGUGAAGAUAGUAUCAAAGCAACCGGCAACGCGACUCAAACCUGGAAUACACAUACCAAGUCAAACAGCUCUGAAAGCAAGCAAGGGCAUCACAGAAAAAAUUCUUCCAAGUCGAACAAAAGCCAAGGCAGUUUCUUGGGGCAUAGGCAACGUUUAAUGGAAGAACGAAUUGAACACGCGAGAGCAAAUGCUUUCCAAGCAGAUAGGAAAUCUUUGAUCAGUAUCUUCAUUUUGUGCCGUGUUCUCAUAGAAAUCGUGAAACAAGCACCUUCUGAUACAGACGAGGACCUGAAUGAAAAGUUAGAAGAGAUAGUCUUUACUCAGCUAAAGACCACAGAUCCACUUUCGAUAUCUUCCAGCAUAAUAAAAUCUUCUAAUUGGAAUUCUUUCGCCGAGCUACUUGGAUGGAUGUCUGAAAGUAAAUUCGUUGCAGUCAGUGACAGAUUCAUAGCCGAUUUGGAAAAGCUUCCUCAUUAUAUUUCCACUGAACUCGAGCCAUCGGCUCAUUUGCUGAUCUUGGGUAUGCGCUAUUUGCGACUGAAGAACUACCCACUGGAGCAAUUCGAAGAGAGUGCCGAUUUCAUAAAAUCGGUAGCGAAGUUCUUUUCUACAUCCCAAAAUUUCUCGGUGCGACUUGCUUAUGCAGAAGUCAUAAGUCAACUUUUACUUCCAGUCGCAGGAUCAAUAACAGCUGAAGUUAAUCACCCUACUUGGGUGGAAGCCAUGAAUAUGAUCCUCAAUACUUGCAAAAAACUUCAAGAUGAUGACAAGUACUGGGAAAGCAUUUUCAAGCUCACAGUGUCUGUUCUGUGCGUUUCGCCGCAACCGCUGUUUUCUGAGAACUGGGUUCCUCUUGUCGAAAAAAGUAUGACCAAAAUCAAACGGCUUGAUAGGCGCGCUGCGUUUGCAACUGGUCUAUCUCGAUUGAUUUGGGUUUAUUUGUUUAGGUGUACCGAAACUCUGAAUAACACCGAAAGAACUCUACGGAAAUUGUUUUCCCCAAUCUUGGCUCCAAGAAAGAAAGAAAAUUGGCUAACGGCAGAUAUGGACCUAAUAGGCCCAUUGGCAGAUGUUUGCGUCACUGCUGGCUCAGUACACCCAGGUUUCGUUUUAGAGCAUGUCAUUCUGCCAUUGAUCAAAAUAGCAUUCAAUGGAAACACUUUGGAGAAUAUAGGUUACGAAAGGCUUUUGCUAGCCAUUGAAUCUUACAAAGGCCUCCUUUUGUGCGAUGCUCGUCCCGAAUUCCCAGAAAAUGAAAGCAGGUUCUAUGAUGUAAACCUUAACAACAUUGCAGAAAAAUUCGGUACUUCCUCUACGAGCGACCAUGAGGAAGUAUGCAUGUCACUCAACAAGCUCUUUUUCUUGCUCGACUCGAGUAUCGGAUCAGAGGUCUGGUCUCCCGAAAAUGAGCACCAAAGGCAACCAUCUACACCAUUCUCGAGUAUAUCAAGCUUCGCUUUCAGCUUCAACACUGAAAAUGCCAAUACCAAUAUCAGAAACUUAAAUUUUGUUCUAUUCUCAACAUUGAUAGAUGCUAUUCCGUGUUGUCUUUCAGUUUCCCGAAAUGUGCCUUUCAAGUCAGCUAUUGAAGUUUUGGCAAGAAAUGCAGUUCACAGUGAAUUGAUAGUCUCUGCUAGCUCGCGAAAUGCUUUAAGAGCUUUGGCUUGCAAGCGCAAUCCAUACACGCUCAUUACGUGGUUUGCAAACUAUUCUUUCGACUUUGAUGAGAAAAACCAGUCCAGUUAUAAACAGACGUAUCUCUCUUCUAUGGAAUACCGUCGAUUAUUGAUAUUAUAUGUGGAAUUACUCGAAUGUUGGUUGGAAUCUUUCAAGGAUUCUAAGAAGGCAGACCUCAAUAAAAAAUCGGGCUUAGAUGGCAUCCAGCUUUCAUUUAGGAAUGAAGAAGAAGCGAAAGAGUCCAAUGAGAACGAAAAACUGCAGUGGAAAAACACUAUCACUGUCAUCGAAGAUGUGGAGGGAAAUGGAUUAUUUUUUUUAUGCUCUCAUGAUCAUAAUAUUCGGAAGCUGGGAAUACGAAUUCUGCAUAUCGUCUCAGAAUUUGACGAAGCAAUGUUGGAAAAAACUAUCAAAUUAGAGAAAUCGCACUCGAGGUCUUCAUCGAGGUUCGCAGCUGAAAGCGGAACACGGCUCAUCGAUUUACUAAAAAGCCUUGAUCUCUCUUCAAUUCACGAGGUUCAGAAACUCGAAAUGAGUGUCGUGGAGAAAUCUCGGCUCUCCAAAAUGUCAAUGAAGUAUAAGAAUGAAGUCGUCUUGAAAUUGGCGGAGUCAGAGUAUGGUGUUGAUGCUGCAUUAUGGCUAAGAGUUUUUCCUAAGUUACUCACAAUUAUUUUCGAUCAUUCACCGAUCACGAUGGCGUUAUGUCGCUCUUUAGUGUGCAUUCGUUUGGUUCAACUUCAUCAAAUUAUACUGGCUAUUGUCAAUGACAAUCCAAUGAAGACCAAAGACUUCCUGCCAGAAACUGCUGUCAACCAAUGGAAACUAUAUUUGAUCGUUGCAUGCUCAUCCUUAACUUCAACCAAUGAUCAAAAACUGCACAUUCCUUCCUCAGGAAAUCAACAUGGUAGGAAUAAGUCACAACAAAUAUUUACCGUUCAACACCAAAAAAUAAAGUCGGUCACAUCAAUAUUUAAAAUGGUGUUGCCCUUGUUAAACUGCUCAAAACCAAUGAUUAAAUUGGCCAUAAUCAGUGGUCUCAGCUCAAUGAACAUCAAUAUAUUCAAAGCAUACAUUCAAAAUGUUGACGCCUUUUUAACAUCCUGGCGGACUGGAAGCUCCUCCAACAUUAUGCGGAUCGAAAUUUUUCACAUACUUGCUAUACUGGCACCCUUUCUGGCGGAUGAGAGAAUUUUGAAUGACGAAUGGGUUUUGAGAAAAAUCUCACAUUUCCUUAGAGAGGCCAAAAAAUUCUUGGAGUUGCCAAAUGUUCAAACCUCAUUUCAAAAUCAGUCGUUGCGAAUUUAUUUUGCUUCUCUUUUGUCCCCCUUCUACAGUGCUAUCAAAAAUCAUCCCUUGGUACAUGAUCUUUUCCCAUUUGAAGCCAGGGCUUCCUGUUUCAAUUUCUUAAAAGAGUGGUGCGGCCAUGGACAAUUUUCCAAUAUUGCCAGGGAACGAUACGCAAGCAUGAGAGAAAGCGUAAGCUCACGCGAGCAAACAACUUUCAUAACCGCGCUGGAAUUCGGGAGAGGCCGUUUAGAGAUUGUCGCUCUGGAGGCCAUGGUUAACUUAUGCUCGGACGCUAUUACGAAAAAGGUGAGUGAUGAUUCAGAGAUUCCACUAGUGAUAUCGUUCGAUAUACCUGGACUUAUGCACUGGACAGAUUCCCUCUUCAAAAGUCAGAAUGAGAGGGUACAAAAUUUCGGUAUCCAAGCUCUAAAAAACCUACUUGAAAACAAUCAAGAAAAUGCUCAUCUUUAUCGAGAUGUGUUAAUGCAAUAUUCCCUUCACAAUCUUGAUACAAAAGUUGCAAGUGCCUAUUACACCACCGUCUGCGAAUCACUCAUCAAGAUGAAAUCUUUCACAUUAUCAGAAGACGAGCUAGUUUCGUUGGGUUUGAGUGGUCUUUAUAACGAAAGGGCAGAGGUCAGAGCUUGUUCGAUUGAUCUCCUUUCUCGAAUCGAAACACAGAUUCACAAAUCGUCGUAUACCAAAGUCUUCAAGGAGAGAUUAGCGAAUGAUUCGAAAACAGUUUACAAAUCUACCGCCAAAGAAAUUUCCACCAUUUUCGCUGAGCUUCCCUCUGCUGAGGUUCGCAUGAAAGUAUUUUCGAAGAUGUGUCAAAGUUUGAAUUAUCUUAAGUCUGAAUUGAAGCAAGAUAUUUUGAAUCUCUUAGUUCCCUGGGUCAAUAAGUUUACUCUCAAAGCCAUGGAAGACAGCGGUACUUUGAUGGUUCUCAAUAACAUGUUCGCUAUAACAGUUGAAUUGAAUGAUAGAUACCCUAUGGAAAUUGAGCAUAUUUGGAUAUCGUUGGGAAAAGGUAAUGGUUUCCAGAAUAUUCACAUAGCCUUGGAUUACAUACUCAGAACGUCGAUCAGUCAUCGAAACCCUGAGUUUGUUCUGAGAGCAAAAGACGUCGUGCUUUAUUUAGCCAACGUUCCAGGCGGAAUGGGUGUUAUUGACUCUUUCAUGAUAAAUCUGGAACCCAAGCAUAUGGUACCGGAGGUUGGCCAACCUUUGGCUAUUCCUGUUAACGGAACCCGCUACGAAUAUGAAGCUGACAUCUGGAAAUUACUUAAUUACCAUGAUAAAGAGAUUGUAUUUUCAAAAGCGCAACUAUCCAUCGUUUUUCUGGUUAAUUUGUUAACCAUUCCGGACGAAUCAAUGCGAAAUAAAUUGCCGCUUUUAUUGCACGUCAGCAUCUGUUUAUUGGACCACAAUGCACUUCUCAUCAAGGAAAGCGCGGCAAAGAUUAUUUCUGACUUGAUAUUUGGUCUCAUGCCCACCCAUGAAAAAUCAGAGGAAACUGUGGCGUUAGUGAAAGCGAAAGGACAUCUCUGGUCAUAUGAUAACAUUCACAAAGAUAAAAAUGGUGCUAGGUCUCCGAAGGCCAUGGAUCAAUUGGUAAGAAACGUCGUUGCAAUCUUUUCAGGAUUUGAUUCGCUUCGGGAGCAAUGGCAAAGCAUUGCCCUCCGGUGGGCUACGGUAUGUCCCGUACGUCAUACUGCCUGUAGAUCCUUCCAAGUUUUCAGGUCUUUACUUACCUUCUUGGAUCGUCAAAUGUUGCGAGAUAUGCUCCAUAGGUUAUCGAAUACAAUCUCGGAUGAGAAUCAAGACAUACAAGCGUUUGCAAUGCAAAUUUUGAUGACUUUGAACGCUGUGACAGCUGAAUUAAGUCCAGCUAAGCUCAUCGAUUUCCCACAAUUAUUUUGGGCUGUCGUUGCCUGUCUGAACAGUGCUCACGAACAGGAAUACAUCGAGGUCCUUUCGACCCUUUCUAAGUUUGUGUCCAAAAUUGACCUCGACUCAUCGGAUACAGUUCAAUGUCUUGUAGCAACUUUCCCGUCAAACUGGGAAGGGAAAUUUGAUGGAUUGCAACAAAUCAUAAUGUCAGGUUUACGAUCUGCUAACUCAUGGGAGAUCUGCUUGAAUUUCUUGGACCGACUCAAUCGGUUUGAUGACAGCAGAAUCAUUGCAAACACGAAGUCGCGUGUCUUAUUCGCCCUGCUUGCAAACUUGCCUCGGUUCCUUUAUGCAAUGGAUUUGAAAGUGUUCGACGCCACGAUAAUGAAUGCGGCAGAUGCACUUGUAACACUCGCGGAGAAAAACGCUCAGCCCUCCUUGGCACGAAUGAUUUACUCUGUCGUUAGAAACAAAUUCAGAUCAAAGAAUGAUUUUCUCAGCCAAAUUGUCAAUUUCAUUUCUGGAACUUAUUUCCCAGAAUAUUCUGCUCAAACAUUGGUCUUCCUCUUAGGAUUACUACUGAAUAAGAUGGAUUGGGUGAAAGAUCAAACUUUGCAAGUGUUGAAGCAUUUGUUUCCCUUGAUAGACUUGAGCCGUCCAGAAUUUGUUGGCGUUGGUGCCGAUCUCAUCUCUCCUCUAUUAAGGCUACUCUUGACAGACUUUGAAGCGAAAGCUUUAGAAGUCCUUGAUUCAGUUCGGAACGUCUCUGGCAGUAAAAUGGACAAGGACGUUUUGAGAAUCAGCAUGGGAAACAAGGAUGCCAAAAAGGCAUACUCAAGAACUGCAACUCUGUUUGGUGUUCCUGAGGAAAGCGGUUGGUCCAUACCCAUGCCUGCCAUGACUGCAGCUACAACGCGGCAUAACGUACAUGCAGUAUUUUCAUCUUGCAUUGAUGAAGGCGUAGUACAACAGGAAGAAGAGGAAACUAAUGAGCCUGUCGAAUUUCACGCGGACAAUGUCUACAUCCCACAGGAUGCCAAUGACAGUAUCUCUUUAUCUGAAGAGAAGGAUGGCUCGUUGAGCCAUAUGUGGGCCGAGUUAGAUAACCUCGACACCUUUUUCACAACGGAAGCGAAAGGAGCUGACAGAUCGAUGGAGCACAGAUACUCACAACAUGUACAUUCGGGUUCUGCUGACACUACAUAUGCAGAGCAGAUGGGUGCAUUAGACUCUGCUCCUCAAUUGUAUGACAAAAAAGUUUCUGUGAUGUUAAACAAGAGUUUGACCAGGACACCCUCCAAUGUAUCUUUCAAAAGAAAUCUUGCCGAUUCCUUCGGCACAAGCAUGCAUGGUGGUCCAAUGAUAUUGACGGAAAACUCGAAGGGCGAACCCACUAGACCGUCGAGUUACAGUGGGAAAAUGUCUUCAACCAAUCUGGAAAAUCCUGCUCUCUUGAAAUCACCACAACCUUCGAAGUCCCCUUCUCAUAAUGUCUUGAACACGGUUUCCCCUCAUCGGGCAAGGGCUUACGAAAAUCCGCCAGAACUUCUCUUCCGGUUUGAGGGCCUGCUGAGGAAUCCUCACCGCCAGAAGAAGAGAUGGCAGCAGCAGCAUCAUCAUCAACAGCAAUUGCUAGUACAAAGCUUAAACGAACCGCGCAACUCCUAUAACAAUGACCCAAAUAUUUUGAUGGCAGCGACCCCAAAUCUCACAAGCCAGUCCAGCCCUCCGUUAUCUCCAGGACUAUCUGGCGAAAGCUCUCAACUACCCUUUGGUGGUAGUAAAGAAAACGUCAAAGGCAAGAACCCUAAUAAAAACGGAGCAAGUAAAGGCAAGCACCAGAAGCACCAUUACCAUCUACCGCAUUUUUCAAAUCGAUCUUCUGAAGGCAAGUCAACGCCGCCCUUGUCAAGCUCUUCGGGAACUUUCCCACAUCGCAGGACACCUUCACCACGUUCUAGCAGAUUUUCAUCGGGAACAAUACAAAGCUCGUCGCAAGGACAAUUCGGAAAGAUCGCGAAAUUCUCAAGGUCUAAGAGAAACUCUCCAUUCGAAAACGAUAAGAACUCAAAGAGUACGCCUGUUCACCAAUUGAUGCAGGAUAGAAAUAUCGAAGACGAUCUGCUUAUCGAGAAACAACUUCUUUCUCUACAAGAUGAAUUACAAAAUAGGUCUGUCAGUAAUGAUUCGGUAGCGGGAGGUUAA